CGAUCAGGGGCGGGCAUUUGGAAUUGGAUCCGCACAGGUAACUCAAGCGAUCGUCUUUGUCAUUGGAAUCAGACCUAUAUAAAUCCUCCUCGACGGACACCACAUCACCACAUAGUCCUCCUCCUGCUUCUUCUGCAUCAUCACCACCACUUGUCAGCAACAGCCUCCAACAUCACCUCGGUUUAAAAUGUCUCUCUCAUCCAUUCUUUCUGCUGAUGCCAUCGACAACGCUAUCAAGGACUGCCAAGCUCCGGAUUCCUUCUGUCCCAAGAAGUUCUUUCAGAUCUGUGGUCUUUCCAAGAAGAGUCCAGCAGAGGUGAAAAAAGCGUUCGCCAUUAUGGACAAUGAUGCCAGCGGCUUCAUCGAGGAAGAAGAGCUCAAGUUUUUCCUCCAGAGGUUUUCUCCUGGAGCACGUGUGUUGACCGCCGCAGAGACCAAGAACUUCCUGUCUGCUGCCGACGACGACAGUGACGGCAAAAUCGGUGCUGAUGAGUUCCAGUCCUUAGUCUUGGCCUAACCCCUUGGCCUCCACCUCUCAGUCUACUUCUCCUCACCUCUCCAAUGAACUAGGAUAGAUUAGUUGGCUAUCGAUAAGCCUGCUUAGAAACCCUCUUAUUUAUUAUAUUUCUUUUGCAAGACUUUCCUAUGGUUCAAAGACAUCCACUUUAUCCUACUUAUUAAGCUUUUGAAAAUGUUUCACGUAAUUGAUAUUGUUAUGUUGACCAAUAACAUGUACCAUUGACCUACUACUAUGAUAAUAAAUGAAUAAAAAGCC